AUGGCUCUCCUCAAUGGCGAAAUAGCACCAUGCUCCAAUCACGACUCAACAUCAAUCCCCGCACAUCUCUCCGCUGCAGCAAAGGUCUUGCGCAUCACUGAACUGCUCGAAAACAUUCUGUUACACGUUGGAGACCUCGAUGGAUCGUCAUGGAUGAGCCUCUUCACCGUGCAAAGAGUCAGCAAACGGUUUCAUGCUGUAAUCCACAAAUCGCCAUCAUUACGAAGAGCCAUGUUUCUCGAAUCGCCCAAGCCAUCGAUACAGCCUAAGCCUGAUCUUCCGGCAAUGCUGGACAGCUACCGAAUGUUCUUCGCCGCGAUCCAAAGUGUGCUAUAUCCUUUCUGGUGUCACCUACGGCCGAGCUCAGGACCCGAAGCGCUGAUUCUGGCAUUAAACAUAUCGCUCUUCUGGUCUGAGGAGACGCCCGGCGUCAUGGUCGGUAGGGCGCCAUGUACUCUGGACGGCAGCAAGAAGAUCGAGCAAAAGGGAAACUCAUGGCGGAAUUUGAUUGUCCCUUACCACCCAGAACAUCAGAUGGAACUGCACUGCUGCGGCUUUCCGGUCAUUGGUACUUUCAGUGAAGGACAGACGCUGGGCGAGCUCGCGGACAAAGCGGUCAGUGCAGGCCGAGGACAUUUGGGGAAUUUGACGCCGGUCAUGUACUAUGGUUGA